AUGGUUACACCCCGGAUGCAGUUCACUACAGAUGAUCCUUUGCACUUCAAGCCUCGUCCAGAGUUACUUCAAAGCAAGCUGAGUGAAUCUGAAGGGGAAUCUGCAGAUGAAGCACAUAAAUCAGAAAAUUCAGGGGAUCAAUCUGCCACUGGCAAGAAGUACAUUCCUCCAAGACUUGCUCCAAUGCAUUAUGAUGGUGACCAGACUGAUGCAGAUCGAAACAAACAAAUUUUAGACAGAGCCAAGAAGCGUGCGCUUAGUAGCUCUGUUAUCCGUGAGCUCCGGGAACAAUAUAGUGAUGCACCUGAAGAGAUCCAAGAAAGACACAUUUUUGGAAGCAUUCGCCAAAGUCAAGAAGAGCAGCACAGACUGCAUUAUGAAGAAUCCAUGAUGGUCCGUUUAGGAGUCUCAAAAAAAGAACGCUCUGCCAGAAAACGAGGCAUGAUGGGAAUGUCUGCCCAACUUCGCUCAAUCACACAGUUUGGGGAUAUUGGUGCAUUAACAGGUCAAGAUAAUUCUGAUUUGCUGGAGGGGAAGGCGGUCGCGUCAGGAGAGACGCCGCGUAAGACAGAGGAUCGGCGUGAUGCUGGAGCCUUCGGCAGACAGGACACCACGUGGAAGCCUUAG